AAUCAGCCUACACCUAACGCACUUUUCCCACCUCUCUCUUUUAUGUGCAUGUUAUAAUUGGAUCUAUAAUUUCAAACCGAGUCUACUUAGUAUGUCUCCCCUGAGCAGCAAUGAUCUAGAGCGAAUUUUCGAGAAGCUUGACAAGAACGGAGACGGGCAGGUGAGUCUGGAGGAGCUCAACUGGCUUCUCGAGAGAAUCGGGGUCCAGUUCAGCUUGCAGGAGCUCGAGUCCCUGGUUGGCAAACCGUGCCUCGACUUUGAUGAGUUCUUGGUCUUCUACAAGUCCAUAUCUACGCCGCAUAGUAAUGACGGCACCGAUGGCCAUGGAGAUGGUAGUGCCGGUGAUCUUCAUGAAGAUGAUGAUAGUGAUCUUGUGAAGGCGUUCAAUGUUUUCGAUAUGAACGGCGAUGGCUAUAUUUCUUGUCAGGAGCUCGAGAGUGUUUUGAGAAGACUGGGAGUUAUGGAAGAAAAUAGCAGCCGUGACUGCAGAACUAUGAUUCACGUGUACGACACCAAUUUGGACGGGCUGCUUGAUUUCCAGGAAUUCAAACACAUGAUGUUGCAUAGUACCAGUUCUUAAUUCAUAUUUACUGAUUACUGUAUCAUAUAUUUAAAUAUAUGUAUAUAUUCAAUCUAUAUCUAGAUCUAGUGGCCCGUUUUAAAACAUACGUCCGGAGUGCCAUAAAAGUGUGGACGUCUCUGCAUUUUCAACACUCAAGAGGGGUUCGAUGGUGUUUAUCUGGGCGAACACAUAGCAUAUGCUUCCUUGGCUGAAGAUGAAGGCCACCUCGAUCUCCUUAAAGUUCUAGCCGGAAAUCUCACCUGAAACUUUAAGCAUGUAUCAAGGUUGCUGCAAAUGAUAGCCAGCGACUUCCCCAGUAAUCACAAGCUCAAGAUUGAGGCUUGGCCUCCCCUCAGCAAGGGAAGAGCCGUCGGCAACAGCUGAUCGUGGCAAAAACAAAGGACGUCCGCACUUUUACGGCACUGCGGACGUCC